AUAAAGUCUACUCGUUCUCAAGAACAUAUACUAAAAUGAAGCCAAGUUUAUCCUUUAGUGAAAAGAAACAAGUCGUCUCGGAUAAUAAAGUUCUCAAUUAAAGUUGUCAUUGCACAGAUUGCGGAGGCAAGAUUCACAAGAAAUUACUCUCAAAAUAAGACAAUGAUCAAUUUCCACUUGAUAAGAUCAUCAAAAUCAAGCAUUCGGAAUAGGAUAAAACUCCAACCAAUUUGGAAACACUUCUUCGUUCUAGUGGGAAUCCAUCUAUGUAUCUAUAAAUUAUAUCCUCAGCCAUACUCCUAUGAAUGUAAGUAAGACAAGGACAAAAUUUAAGCCCAUCACUCACAUCCUUUAAAUGGUACAUGUGAAAAGCGUGUUAUCAAAGUUAGUAAAUUCUCAACCGAUCAAACAAUAAUAAUAAGCAUUUUAAUCAUCUCCUCAAACUCUCUCUGAUUUUACUUCGAAGCUUCAGGGAUUGAAGAUUUUUGAACCAAAAGAUAUACAAACUCCUGUGAUUGGAUAAAGAUUGAAAACUGAACCAUUUUUAUAAAAUUAGCAAUAGCUGCAAUAAAUUGAUACAAAAAAGUUUUAUUAUCCAAGAGUCUCUAGAAUAAGCUAAAUAGGAGCAUCAAGUCUUCUAAAUUCUUCAGAAGCAAUUGAUAAGAAACCUGUGAAUAAAUUAGUUGCUUUAACUAGUAGAUAUAAAUCUCCAGAUAAUCUAAAAAUAAGGACAUUAUCUUAAAGAAUUCAAUGUACUUACUUCAAAAAAUCAGAUUCGAAACUCAAAGACAUUGUAAAGAGACACAAUUGA